AUGUUUUCUUUUCUUAUUUAUUUUUACUGCUCACCAUCUGUAGUAAGAGGAAAAAGUAGGAAAGAUAUCGCCUAUUCUUUUGAUCUCAGCAUUUCAGUCUUUAAUAAAUGCCCUAUUUUUUUAACUUUUUUCUCUCUCUCUCUCUCUCUCUCUCUCUCUCUCUCUCUCUCUCUCUCUCUCUCUCUCUCUCUCAUAUACACACACUUUUUCUCGGGCUCUUGCUCUCUCACUCUCACACUCGCUUUCUCUUUUUUCUCUCUCUUGCUAUCGCUCUCUCUCUCUCUCUCUCUCUCUCUCAUGCGUUCACUCUCACUCUCUCUCACAUUCUCACUCUCGUUCUCUCUCUCUUUCUCUCAAUCUCACCUUCACUCUCUCUCUCUCUCUCUCACACACACACACUCUCUCUCUGGCUCUUUCUCUCACUCUUACACUCGCUUUCUCUUUCUCUCUCUUUUUCUCUCUCUCUCUUGCUCUCGCUCUCUCUCUCUCUCUUGCGCUCACUCUCACUCUCUCACAUUCUCACUCUCGUUCUCUCUCUCACUCUCACCUUCACUCUCUCUCUCUCUCUCUCUGUCACAAACACACACACUUUCUCUCUGA